UGAAUAAUCCGUCGCCGGUUCUUUCAUCUAUAACCAGCUGGCUUCGUAAACAUGGCGACUGUCCGGCUAUUUUCACUCGGCAAAAAUGGGUCAGGUGUCCUGAGGUCCUGCAUACGUGGAGCAACUGUAACCCAAACUCGCUCCAACUACAAGUAUGUCACACAAGAGGAUCCGAGUAUGGAAUGGAAGGAUAUCACAGACCGUGCAGCUGCAACGAUCUUCUGGACUGAGCUGUGGAGAGGUGCUGCUGUAACACUAGGUCACAUCUUCAAGGAACCAGCAACCAUUAACUACCCAUUUGAGAAAGGACCCCUGAGUCCACGAUUCCGUGGAGAACAUGCUUUGCGACGUUAUCCUUCUGGGGAGGAACGCUGCAUUGCUUGCAAGUUGUGUGAGGCCAUUUGCCCAGCUCAGGCCAUCACCAUUGAAGCAGAGGAACGUGCUGAUGGUGCUAGGCGCACCACUCGGUAUGACAUUGACAUGACAAAGUGCAUUUAUUGCGGUUUCUGCCAGGAGGCAUGCCCUGUGGAUGCCAUUGUUGAGGGCCCCAACUUUGAGUUCUCUACUGAGACCCACGAAGAACUCCUCUACAACAAGGAGAAAUUGUUAAGCAAUGGCGACAAGUGGGAACCUGAAAUUGCAGCAAAUAUUCAGGCUGACCACCUUUACAGAUAAACAUGUUUAGAAGAUAUUUGAUGGUGUCUCAUAACUUUGUUUUCUUUGGAUUAUGUGUAUGACAAAUUUCAAUAUUUCACUCAGAUAUUAAGAAUAGGUGAAAAGGGGGCAGCAAUGUGAUGUGUUCUUAAACAUUCAGAUUCAUUUACCAAUAUUUUCUUUUUCUUUGUAGCACUGGUGUAGAUUAUUGAUAUACUUUUUAUUUCCUUUUUUUUUUUUUUUACAUAUUUUUUUAAUCAACUGUGAAGUUGUAAUCUGAGGUUUAGCAACCUUUUUCAUUGUGCUCCCUUUUUAACCACAUUUAAGCAGUAAAGGAAAUAGUAAAUCAUCUUUGUGAAAUAUUGAAGCAUAUACAUAACUGGGUAGAUGAGUUUGAAUCAAGGUGGAUCAGCUAAUGGCAACCUUAAGACCACAAGAUAAAAUGUUUUGAAUAUGUAUAGUUAUUUAAUGUAUAUAGAAAGACCAAUUU